CCACAUCUCAGGCAACAUGUCCUGUGCAAACCAGCCCGAUGGACAGGGCGACGAGGCAGUCGUCAUGCCGCGCCGUAAGCGCGUCUACCAGCGCGAGAAGGGCGUGUGCCAGCGCUGCCGGACCAACAAGUGUCUGUACAUCGUGCGCUCAGUCACCAUGUGCCGUGUCCUAACCAGUAGCGGCUGCUUCGAGUCGGCAGUGCGUGUCUCGGUGGUCAAGUCGCUCCACCCGCCCCUGCUGCCCGCCGACGCGCGCUCAGCGCAGCCGUUCCCGCGCCCGACGGGCGCCAACGUCCUGCUCGCGCUCUCGGCCGGCGCGGGCUCCUCGGCGCUCGCGGACCUCGUGCACGAGCGCUACGUCGGCCGCGAUGGCGAGGUGCGGGACACGACGCGCGGGCAGCGCGAGGCGGUGUGGGAGCGCGGAUGGGCCGUGCACGUCGACUUUUCUGCCGUGACUGGCUUGCCGAGCCGCGAGGGGCUGCUGAGGGCGUUUGCGGAGGAGCGCGGGCUGCGCUUCGUCUGCGUGCGUGCCGAGGACUCCUUUGACCCGCUGUUGAGCCGGCGGGUGGCGGCGCUUGGCGGUGGUACGGAGGAGGGAAGCGACGACGCCGAGGCGGUCGCUGUUCGGCUUGAUGAGCCUGACUUACCACUCCUCUCGACCCCCUCGUCGUCAACAGCCACCCCGCUCGAGUCGCUCCAGGCGCUCCUCACCUCCCUCCCCCCUCCCUCCCGCCCCGCGCUCCUCGCGCACAUCCUCGAUGGGUUGCUGGGCGUGGUGGCGCACGCGCUUCCCAACAUCUCGCACCUGCUGGUUGGAGAGACGUCGACACGGGAGGCCCAGAGAGUGAUCGCCGGUACGGCGACCGGGCGUGGUUGGGCGCUGCCGCUUGAGCUUGCGAGCUCGGCUCCGCUGCCUCGCGCUGGCCGCACCGUGACCCGGAUCAAGGUUAUGAAGAACGUAUCGCUGAAAGAGGCGGCCAUUUGGUGCCAUGGCCGCCGGGUGGAGACGUACAAUGAGCGCCGGUGGGACGGGACGGGCGGGGGCGCUCGACGCGACGCGCGUGGCAAGGGCGCAACAGCGAGCAUCGAGGCGCUGACUGAGCGCUUCAUCGCCGGGCUCAACGUCUCGCACCCGUCAACCGUGACGACGAUCAACAAGACGGGCGACAAGCUGUGUUUUGUAGGCGAGGCCGAUGGGCCAUUGUGCCCCGUGUGCCAGCUACCUGUCGACGCCUCCGCCAUCGACUGGAAGGCACGCUCAGCGCUCACAUCGCUGCCUGGUAAAGGCGACGGUGUCGCUGCCGCCCCCUCGGCCGACCCCCUCGCCCCGCUCCUCUGCUACGCCUGCCUGACAAUGUUCACGCCCCUCACGGCGGCGCAGAAGGACCGGCCCACUGCCGAGCCAGUGCCACUGCCACUGUGGGUGGGGGCGAGGGUCCAGGAGCGGCGCCACGUUCCGCCCAGCGAGCUACGUGAUCAGGUGGCGCAGUUUUUGAUUGACGACGACGACGAGUAGGGCGUCGUGGAGUCGCCAUGUAUGCAUUUGCAGUCUAGCAUUG